ACUAUUAGCUGGUUACCAUCAAGACUUAGGAUGUCAUUACAAAUUAUUUCUUCGCGCUGUCAUGAACCAAAUUGUGCUUCGGAGCCAUAAAGGCGAGUACCUCCCUGGAGAAGAUAUUUAUGGAGUUGUUUACUUAAAUAUUGUGAGUACAACCACUGGAUGUGGCAUUCGACUGAAAUUUCAAGGUUGUGAACAUUUUGUGUAUAGAGUGGGAAAUCCACCAGCAGAAGAGAAAUUUGAAGCAAAGAAACAUUAUUUGGAUUAUCCUGAUAUUGAUCUCUACAAGAGUCAAGAUAUUUUCAUGUUCGGCAGUUAUACCUUUCCAUUCAGAAUUCGACUGCUUACCGAAAUUCCUGCAACGUUUGAAGCCACUGGGGUAGGGCCAGACUCUAACUGGACAGCCAAGGUGGGGUAUACUCUGAGUGCCGAAGUGAUUGAUGCUUCAAAUCUGAAUACAACCGUGACAAUAGUUGUAUACCACCCACUGGGGAGGACAGAGAGCUCAGGUACCCCACAAGCAGUUACCAACAGAUUGGAUAUCACCCACCUCCUAUUUUUCAAGAAAUCUCUCUUUGUUACAGCAAAACUGCAGAGAAAUGUUCAACAAACGGGGAAGGUAAUGAAAGUGGGAAUUACCAUCACCAACCAGACCGAUAAAGAUGUCAGUAACAUAACAUUGCGACUGGUAAGGGAGAUAACUUUUGUAGCCAAAGGUGGAUUGUCUGGCACAAAGAUGUGUAAAGACAACAGUAUUCAGGAGACACAGGAUAGAAUCUACAUAUGUCCAGAGAAAGGACCGUUCAUAGUACAGGAUAUACAAGUUCAGGGGUGUAUAGCUGAUGUUCUCAACAGGGGAUUGGACAAUUUUAUCAUACCCCUGCUGGAGUCUCAGGAUCCACAUUUACCCAUCCCGUCUUCUGUUUCUGGGAACCACAUACAGUGUCGAUAUGUUCUGGAGAUAUUAGUCAGACUAAAGAACAAUGCCAGUCUCAUCACUACACUCCCAAUACCAUGUAUUUGGCAUCAGAAAAAUAAGCAGUGGGCGGACCAAUCCAUUCCAGACUGGGUGUAUAACACGGAGGUCAAGCUAUCCGAGUCACCUUUCAGUGUCCCAGAAAAUGUCCUAAAUGGUGAGGUUUUUGCAGGCAUCCCUAGAUUCCAGGCCCUGACAAGCCCAAGUUAACAAUAAGCUUAUUACAGCCAGGCUUAUUUCAUAUUUGAAGGUCAAUAUCAGUGUAUUCUGUACACUGGUGAAAUAAGAAGUAUUUCCUGGUGUUUAUUGGGUUGAAUAUGACCUUGACAUGAACCACAAGGCCAUAUUUGGUGACAUGAUUCUACCCAAUCUUUUAAGAGAUCUAUACACUGUUAAAAUUAUAUUUUUUCACUCUUUUCAAGGUGUGAUAUAUUUCACAGUUUUCAAGGAUGGAAUGAGAUCAUGAAAACCAAAUGAUUGAAAAUAUCAUUAUUAGAGAAAAGAUUUUAUUGAUUCUUGACUUUCAUGAAAAAAAAAACAUAUUUUUUUGUUGGAAGCUUUUGGAAAUUCUGUGAAAUAUGAUCAAUGGAAAAAACCAAACAUUUACUCUAAUUAGAUGCAGAAUUUCUGUAACACAAACAAAUAUUAUCUAUCUGUUUAAAUCCACUGAAUCUUUAUCACAAACAAGAAUACUUUAGGUGUGUACUGUAAACAGUGGUUUGUGCAAUUUAAAUAAUGCAAGCACUUAAGUGUGCGAGCAGAAGUGGGCAUCAUGCAUAUAAUAUUAUAACCUCAGAAUGUGUAAGCUGGUGCCUUAACAAUGUACUUAGCACACAUAUUCUUUAGGCAUGUCAGCAGAAGUUUACCAUCUAUAAACAGACAAAUAUUCUCUACAUCUGCGUGUUAAGUAGAUGUCUGCUCAGUUUACAUAACACAAAUCAAUACUAUCUUGCCAUGUAAGUAAAAAUUUACACGAUUUGUUUAUCAGGAACAAAUAUUAUCUAGGUAAGCAGUGGUCCUAAAAAUAUAUAUAACAUAAAUCUUUGUGUAUCACCAAAUGUCUGCACAAUUUAUAAUACAAAACUUAAUAUUUUCUUGGUAUGUAAGCAGAAAUCUGCAAAAUUAAUAUUACACAAACUUCUAUGCUAGCAGAAAUCUACACAACUUAAUAUCACUUGGUUUAGGGAGCACAAUACCAGUAUUCUUUAAUGUCACCUGUUGUAAAAUAAAAUGAGAGGGAUACAUGUAUGUUUGGGUAUGCAGGGUCCUAUUGAUAGCAAAUAUAGGUAUCUAAUUGUUGAAAACAGUAAGUAUUAAAGACAAAAAAGGGCCUCAUUACAUUUUCAAAAUUAGCCCAAAAUAAGCUUAAUGUAGAUAUAAAUGUUGUAUAACAAACACUGAAAGCUAAUCAAGUGUUCAGUUGUUACGGUAUAGUUAUUGGACGAUUCUAAAGUGUCUGCUAUAGAGACAGCAUGUAUGUAGACUUCUGAACAAUUGCUUAAAGCUUGUACUUUUCUUGGAUGAGAAUAAUGUUGUUAAGACGGUCAUUGAAGCUGUUUUAUAUUACUAUCACUUUGGAAACUUUGUUGUUAUUAUAGAUUUAUACACCAAAUGGUGCUUCCAUUAUGAAUUGUAAAUAAUUUAUUUUACAGAUUAUCUUCUAUUGACCAUGUAAGAACCUUGCUACUUGGGUUUACAGUUGAAGUAAUUUUGUAAGAAUAUUUUGUAUUUUUGACUGAUCAAAAUGUUUAAAAACUGGAAUUUUCUGACAGUUUCUCUGUCAUCACUUUGGUAGUUUGUUAUUGGUAGAAGAAUAUACAUGUAUAUGCAGUAAUACAUAGACAAAUUAUAUGUCAUUAAUUAAGAUGGGUCACUUCACUACACAACCUGGAAGAUAAACUGAUAAUCUGCAGAUAAGAUAUAAAAUACGUUGAGUAUUUAGGUAAAGCAUUAUGACAGAGGUAUUUGCCACUAAGACAUUAAGAAAGAUGUGUAUAAAUUUGGCAUUUCUAGGAAGGAUGGAUCCAUGUCAUGGUAUGAUACGACUGUAGUGUUGAUAGUCACAAAUGACAUGUCAGUCUGGCUAGUGUAAGAGACAUUUAGUCAUCUGUAACACAGGGCUACCAUUAAUUUCAUAAAAAAUAAAGUAAAAUGUCGCCAUUGCUAUAUGGCUGUAUCUGUUUAAACAGAUAUUAAAUGUUCAUUUGUUAAUGCAACAACAUUUUUUACUACAUACUAUUGUACAUGGGAUGCAACAUGAUAUUUUGAUUUUGGGAUGCUGACAGAUGUAAAUGGACACUUUAGAUGUUUAGGUGCAGUUUUUGAUUGUAUGGUUAAAUUGAUACACAAAUAUCUCGGAUAUAUGUAUGUAUUGAAAUGGAUGUUUCACUGUUAAUGCAAUUCUCUGUAGUUAUUUGAAUGACAGCGGGUGCUGACAUCAAUGCAAUACUUAUAGCAUACAUUGUUAAUGGACAGUCUUCAUUAUCAUAAAUUAUAUCUUUCCAUUAGCGUUACACAGAGAACGUUAAAUAGAGUAUUUUUUUCAACAUUUUAAAAGAUAUUUUUUAUACUGACAUAUAUAUUUUUUGAUGGUUGUUGAUUAGGGUAUUGCAUAAAAUUACAAGAAACGGUGUAAAAUACUGUGAUCCUGUUGAUGCUCAUAACUCGUGUAUAUAUAUACAUGUUAGAAAGACAUCAAUUGAAUAUUCCAGAAAAGCAGUGCCUGUAAGAUACAGACUAUGUUGUAUGGGCUGUUGGUUACUUUUGCGAAACCUGUCUGUUAUAAAAAAAUAUUGCCUUAUAUAAAUAUUUUUCACUUGUUCAUGGUAUAAAAAUGAAAUAUGUAUCGAUGAUGAAAAUUUAUAUCGAUUUCCUUUAUUGAAUUUCGUUGUAUAUACACAUGCUUGUCUAAAAGUCUAAAAGUUUGACAUGAUCUUUUUGUGAUGGUUUAUCACCAGCAAUGAAAAAUGUCAUUAUGUUCGUCCACCUCUUUUAGUGACAUGUCUUCUCUCAUUGCUUUUUGCUGUACCACAUAUGUAUAAUCAGGAGUUUUGGAGGGCUUAUAAAUAGCACUGACCUCUGAUGUUGAUUUCGUUUCUUUAAUAUUAUUCAUGAUUCGUGUAUGUAUUUUCUACAUUCAAGUAUGUUUUGAUGACUUUUAUAUAAUUGGUACAGGGCACAGUUGUCUCCACACUGAUAUAGCUACAAGUAUCAACUUUGAUUUCAAUUGUUUCAUCCGUGGAGGAUAAUACAUGAAUGCAUUAGAAUCGAGUUGGUUAAGCAAUUCCGUUAUACAUUUGCUGACUUUCUAUACACGGGGAAGUCGACAAUUUAUCGCAGUGAACCUCUGUGAAUGCUGUACAUGAAUAUGUUGACUAUGCAUUUUAUUUUUUGUAAGUUAGUGACAAGAAGCAGUUAUCUUGCUUUGUGAAAAUGAUUAGGUUGCGUGUCGUUAUUUCUGUCCCCCGUUCACUAUUCGUCAUACAUCCGUCACUAAAUUUCGUUUACAAGGGUGCUCCAUGUUGUAACUUGUGUGACUUCUGUACCAUCCUUUGGUUGCUUUAAAUUGCUGAGUAUGUGAUUCUGAAACUUCGUAGUUUGUUAUAACGAUUGACGCGAGAAGUUUAAUCAUGUCACGUGGUGUUUUUAUUCACUUUAAUCACGUGUUUUGUACUUUUGUCAGUGUUUCAGAGUAAUUUCGGAAAUGUCAUGCGUUGUUUGGAAUAGCUGUCGUGUUAAUUUAACUUGUCGUAUGAAAUGAAAUUAAACAGAGCUAUUUUUUAAAGUAACACAACUGUUAAUUUCUGAUAAUGAAAAUAGAUGACUGCUCUUGUGCGAGUAAUAAAGAGGAACUUUUGACGUCAUAUCAGUGUCAGGACAAAGCUGUUCUGUUGGCAUUGCUGUACUGUUGUGAUUAAUGAAUUGACAAAUGUACAUUUCAAUAGAAAAAAUAUUCAUUCGGAAGGAAAAAUAGCAGCUUGCAUAAAUUGCUCUUCCACCAAUUAAAUAUUUCACAGAAUCGUUUCUAGAUAAAUCAUGGACUAUUUGCUUUAGUUUCCGCACUGUUUUCUUCGAAACAUUUACAAGUUGAAGAAAUUGAUUACUUACGUGUAAAAGAUCAUUUCUGUUAUAUCAGUAACGUAAGACAACCAAGUAAUACCAUGAUUAGUUUUAUAAUUAAUGCAAUUAAUGGAAAUGAAGAUUCAUGACAUUUGACAUGUUCUGUGCAUUGGAAAUUCAAGGGUUUUUCCUGUUAAUGUUAUAGUAAAGGAACAAGAAAUACGGGACUAAUUAAGUUACUCUGAGGAAACAAUAUAUUAUGAAAUAUGAAAAUUUCCCUGCAAAACACAACAAAAAUCUGUCUAGUUUCAAUCAGGAAAUAAUAAGAGUAGCAAGCACUUUCCUGAAGAUUCACAUGAUGGUAGUCAAAGAAAACAAUGGAUAAUCAAGUCUUGAUGAUAUUUAUUUAAAACACAGUUAAAACAGCCAAACACCUAUCAAAUUUCUAGAAGGAAAUGAACAUCAGGCCCAUGUAUGAUACUGAUUAACAAGCCUUAAUGUUACGGCCAAUCUACAGCAGAUGACCACAACAGAUACGCCUUUUGAAUUGUACGAACAUCGACUUCAGAACCGAACGCCAGACUUCUAUAAUUGUGGUGUGUUCUUUUUGUAUACAUGUUACAAAAUGGUGAUACAUGUCUUAUAUCCUUCAUGUAAUUCACAUGUACACUGAGCAAUACUAUGUUAUUCUCCUGUUUCUAUAAUGUUUCUCUAAUGGCAUGUAUUUAAGUUUAAAAUUUAAAAGAUCAUACCUAUUUCUACGUUUAUACAUACAAAAGGGUUUAAACUAUAAAUAAAGUUUGA